GCGGAGGGCGAUCCGGAUCCCCGGAAGAGCGAGGAACCCCAUAUAAAAAACUACUGAAGACCCUUCCGAGCAGAAGUAGCGAAAGCUCUGGGGGCGGGCUGGCGGCGGAGCGGAGCGGAGCGGAGCAGAGCAGAGCAGAGCAGGCGGGUGCCGUUCGCCGGAGACCGCGCGCCGCCGCUGCGCGCUGGCGGAGGAAGGGCGCGAGCAGCGGGACAUGACUGCGUAGAUCCACCCGCGUAAGCGUUGCCCGCCGCGCCGGGCUGCUGCUGCUGCAGCUCGUCCGGCCGUGCGUAGGUGGACGGUCCGCUUGCACGAUCUGGCUUCGAGCUCAGCCGCCUCCUGAACCGUUGCCGUCCGUCGGAAAGAGCUCGCUCACUUCGCUCGCUCACACGCAUGCACGCCCGCACGCCCCGACUGCAGGUGAUCAGCAGCGAGCGCGGGAGUGGAAGAGGAAGAAAUCUAGAAAAGGAAACGACGCCUUUUCUGUUUUAGAUAGUUUUGCUGCUGUUGUCGAUUGUGCACGGCGCUGGACCAUGGCAGACGAGGAAAACGCGCUCGGCAGCGGCGGCGGCAGCGGCGACGGCGGAGGCAGCCCGAGCGGGGGGGCCGCCCAGGAGCCGUGCCCGGGGUGCUGCGAGAACAGCCGCUGCAACGUGCUCAGCUGGGAACAAGUGCAGCGCCUGGACCGUAUCCUGAGCGAGACCAUCCCGAUCCACGGCCGGGGCAACUUCCCCACGCUGGAGAUGCAGCCGCGGCAGAUCGUGAAGGUGGUGAGGAGCCGCCUGGAGGAGAAGCGCAUCGGCGUGCGCGAUGUGCGCCUCAACGGCUCGGCGGCCAGCCACGUCUUGCACCAGGACAGCGGCCUGGGUUACAAGGACUUGGACCUCAUCUUCUGCGCGGACCUGAAGGGCGAAGGCGAGUUCCAGACGGUCAAAGACGUGGUCUUGGACUGCCUUUUGGAUUUCUUACCGGAAGGGGUUAAUAAGGAGAAGAUCACCCCGCUGACCCUGAAGGAAGCCUAUGUGCAGAAAAUGGUGAAAGUGUGCAAUGAUUCUGACCGGUGGAGUCUCAUAUCCUUGUCCAACAACAGCGGCAAAAAUGUGGAGCUGAAAUUUGUGGACUCGCUGAGAAGGCAGUUUGAGUUCAGCGUAGAUUCUUUCCAGAUCAAGCUAGACUCUCUCCUCCUUUUUUAUGAAUGUUCAGAAAACCCAAUGACUGAAACUUUUCACCCAACUAUCAUUGGAGAGAGUGUGUAUGGGGAUUUCCAAGAAGCCUUUGAUCACCUUUGCAACAAAGUAAUUGCUACCAGAAACCCAGAAGAGAUCCGAGGAGGUGGUCUCCUGAAGUACUGCAAUCUCCUAGUAAGAGGCUUUAGGGCCGCCUCAGAAUCCGAAAUUAAGUCCCUUCAGAGAUACAUGUGCUCAAGGUUCUUCAUUGACUUCUCAGACAUUGGAGAACAGCAGCGGAAGCUGGAGUCGUACUUGCAGAACCACUUUGUGGGACUGGAGGACCGCAAGUAUGACUAUCUCAUGACCCUGCACGGCGUGGUGAAUGAGAGCACGGUUUGCCUGAUGGGGCACGAGAGGAGGCAGACGUUAAAUCUGAUCACCAUGCUGGCCAUCCGCGUCCUGGCCGAGCAAAACAUCAUUCCCAACGUGGCCAAUGUCACUUGCUACUACCAGCCAGCCCCCUACGUGGCAGACGCCAACUUCAGCAAUUACUACAUUGCCCAGGUUCAGCCAGUGUUUCCGUGUCAGCAGCACACCUACUCGACCUGGUUGCCCUGCAAUUAGCCGUUUUCCUAGCCUUCGCGGGGAACGUGUUUUCUAUCGAGCAAGCAAAGGGGGAGGGCUGCCCUCCCCUUUCUAAAAUGGGGUGGGGGGUUGUGUCAUGGUGGUCUGCUCUAGCUUUUAAGCUCGAGGAAAGCCGUUGGUUCUUCUGUUUAAUGUAAGGGACCAUGAUUUAGGAAGAACCAAAACCUUAUUGGAUUUCCACCCCAGAGCACGAGGCCUGUCAUGGAAAGCACAGACGUCCCUUGAAAGGAACCAGGGAUGUGUGCUUGGUGACAAUAUGGGUCGGCAAUGCCUCCUCCCAUAGCUAUGACAUAGAGAGAGUUGGGAAGCCUCUAUUUUUUCAAUGGGAUCUACAAAAAUAGAAAUCAAGGGGGGUGAGAAUACAAACAGGGAAAGCUAGAUAUAUGGUUUAGAUGUUUAGAGACCUAAUGCACAGAUAAGUAGGAAUCAGAUAUAUUUUGGAAUCACUGCCUUUGGAGCGUGCAUGAAGUGCUAUCAGUGGAGGGAUCCCAUAGAAUGUAUAGCUUGCUUGCAUAGAAUGCUUUCGGAAAAAUAGCUUGCUCCAGACAAAGAGCAGUAGAUGGGUACAGUUAUUUCAAAAAGAGACAUGGGCGGGGGGAGAGUAGGAUUAGGGUAAAUGUCAUUAUUUCCAGCUGCGUGCAUUCUUCACAUUUUAUUUAAAAAUGUGGAAAAGCAGGAAGAGCAGCUGUAGCAAGCAACAUAUGCUUCAGGACCAAAGAUUUCACAGAUAAGUUAUCCAAGCAAAGAGGAGGACAGAGUAAAGUAUAUAAAAAGAGUUUACUAUAUUUGUACACAUGCAUAUUCAACAAAAGUGCCUGAUGCCUUCAGAAGAUUUGAAGUGAGAAAAAUAUAGUUUUGUGGUUUAACCUUGCGUUUUGUUUUUAUCAGGGACACAAGAAACUAAAAAUAAGCUUGUGAAUAAAUGGUGGAGGAAAUGCCUAUUUUUUUUCCUGGCAAAUAUCGAUAUAAAGUUUAUAAUGUUGGUGUGAUGUUAUCAUAGGUACGCGUGUGUAUGUGUGUGUUUAUUGUGUGUGUGUGUAUGUGUGUGUGUAUAUAUAUAUGUAACAUGUUACAUGUAUAUAUACACACAACAUUUUAAAUAAGGUCUAGGAAAAUGUAGCAAUUUUAAGGAAUGUUCUAAAUAAAAUAUGUGUUUUCCAGUCUACAGCAGGCUAUCAUAAUACUGUGGGCACUUUGCAGAGACAGUUGUGAUCCCAUAGCAGAAAAUCUGGAUAAACAAAAUAGUCUUAAAUAAAGUGGGAUUCAAAUUACACAGUUGCACAAACAGACAAAAUUAUUCACUGGGUUACUUGUGAGCCACAACAGUUUCAUACCCGCACAAGCAUUUUGCUUCUCUUAAUUUGUACUGUUUUGACACUCAGCUCACUAUUUUCAUACUCCAUAUAUUCAUUAUAUAUAAGACAUCCAUUGGAAUGUGGUUCAAACAGGUAGUCCCCGCGGAAGGAUAUUUAGUUGGUGAUUUGCAUACUUAUUAAUAUUUUUCAUAAAAAGCAAGCAGAAUGUACUGUGCAUUCCAAGACCACUAGAAGUUAGACAAUGUGAAAUGAAGCAGUAUGGAGAGUAUUACACGGAUGUUUAAAAUUUAUAUGGUGUGUGUGUGUGUAUUAUGCAACAAUUAAACAUCUUUCAUUUGGUUGUCACACUGCAUUUUCCAGCUCAGUACUGUACCAAAAACCCAAUCAUGUUUUUGUUUGGAACAAAUAAUGACAAUUCUUUCACAUGACAAGUGGAGAGCUGAGGAAUAGUGUUAUUGAGAUUUUUUUUUCCUGUAGUGUUGAUCAUACCAAAGACAACCAAGUCUUAUUUUUUGCCCCUCAAGCCACUAGUUCUUAAAACCAAACAAAAUUUAACCCGAUACCUUGGUCACAUUCAAAUGCAGGAGCGAAUUGCUCAUAAAUGUAUUCUCUUAAGUCCAUUAAGGUCUCUGGGCUCAAACGCUGGCUGAAUGCUAAGCGCCGUGGUCCCACAGGGCAAAGUGAGCCAUGGUGCCGCACUGCAGAAUCCGGUGGGGCAGUGCGCGCUGACCUGUCCAGUGUGACCCCUCGAGUGGAAGGUUCUGCAACGUGUUAACCAGGCAACUUGGUCUCCUUUCAUCCCAGCAAAGCUGCUGGCAAGGUCUUUUCCUUUCACCCAUUUGAAAGGACUGACGCUGUCCCGUUUUUACCAUCUUUUUAUCUCCAAAGCCAGUUUAACAUGACUGCCAUUUGUUUGCUCAUGUCUCUUCCCUGAGAAUUUUGCAGGAAACGGCCUAUCAUUGUCCCAACACGGAAACCCCUGUCAUCACUUUGCUUUGCAGCCUUCUGAUGCCUGUUGGCUAUGGCCUGUUUUCCAAAUAAAAGAAAAUAAACAUAUUUGGGGCAGUGCUCAGUUAUGAAAGUGAAAUGUUUGUUUCUAUCAUCCCGUUCUCAUCAGCAGCAAAUUAAGAGAAGUGCACUUGGUCAGAAUCAGAGCUGAGUCUGUAUUUGUUCAGCGGGCUUUCUGACAGGAGCUGUGCUGAAGGCUGGGGAAAUAGGAUCAGCUGGUAAUGUGGUAUGUCCUUUCUUGCCACAGUGAUUCUGCUGCAAAUAAAUGAGUCAUCCACUCCUGCAAAGGGUUUGGGGACCUCUGGCAGUGCCUGAGCCACAAAAUGCUGAUAAUACGUGAGGUAUUUCCUCUGGGGCAGCCUUCUCCAUCUUUUAUUUCAUUUUUAAUGGCUGUGGUGGUGGUGGUUGCUCUGGGAAUUACAAGUCAGCCUCGCUGCCUCAAACUUUAGCUAUAUUUUAUGGCGAGCAGCAAACUCUUUUAUAGUGCCCACUUAGGGCUCGGCUCCCUUGAUUUCAAAAUACUAUUUCUCUCUCUCCUUCAAGGGUCUGGUGAUCUUCUUUAACCUGUAUACAUGUUCCAGAGUAACAGUCAUAGGGAGUUGUUACAGCUGGCUGGUGCCUUUUGUUUUAACCACAGGGGUUAGUGAUGAGAAGCCAUCCGGUGCAGAACCUACACAAGAGCUUUUGUGGUUGACACACACAGCCCCCAGCAAGUGCACACGCCUCCAAUUUUAAUAGACUAGUAUGGUCACCAGGAGAAAAAACCCUUCAGGAUCCUGUGCUGUAUUCAUUCAGCAGAAUUUAAGAUUAGGUUGGUAAGGAACAAGAGUUUUUUCCUUUAGAUUAUUAGCAUUAAGAUGCCUCAGUUACAGUCAAAUAGUUCGUGUUUCUGCUAGAUUAAGUGUGAUUGAUCAGCACAGUUCUGGCAAGUGUAGAGGGGUUAGUGCAAAGCAACGACACCAGAUUAUUUUAAAAUGCAAGAGAAUCCAAAAGCAUUUCAAUAGUGGUUGUCCUGAAACUCUCACUGGCCCACGUCUGCUGUGUGGACCCCAAAUGGAUCACAUACCCUUGCUGCACCUAUGUAAAUAUCAUUCUUGCCUAUCCACUUCUUUGUCAGCUGCAGGUCAUUCAGUUCAGAUAACUGGAUUUGUACUGUCUAUAUAAUCUGUAAUAUGCAAAGGCAAAGCAAGAAAAUCUUUGAAAGGAAGCAAACAAAUACUAGGAGUCAACUAAAUUGCCAGCGGGAUUCUUGUUUUCAUAACUUCUUAUUUAAAUGCUUUAAAAAUUAUUUGCUGCUAGGUAUUGCACAAUGUUUCAUGCACAGCUUAGAAAUACCUGUUGUAAAAUGCUUUAUAUGCGAGUUGUGUUGUACUGAAGGCUCUUAUCACUUCAGAUAAAGCUUUAAAGAGUUCAUGGAAAUAAAAAAAAUGUUUAAAGGAAGAAGAAAAGGAGAGAGAAAGAAAUAUAUAUAUCUAAUGACGUAUUCAGCACUUUUUUGUUCUUUUAAAAAUUAUUUUAUUUUUUUGGCAAUGACUUUUUAUUUCCUUGCAAUGGAGAAAAUCCAAACUUCAUCAGCAGGUUUUGCUGUUUGCUAUUAUUGCAACUAGUUAAGCAUCAGAAAAACCUACAGGUUUUAGGACACGUUUCGUGUUGCUCCGCAAACGCUUGCAGUCUGUGGGAAGUGAUGCCGAUUUUGUUCUCCUUCAGAAUUCCACACAGCCAUUGUCUUCGGUGAGGUAUCCUGUUGCAUCGGACUGCUCCCGUGACUGAUCUUUUGGGAACUUUUGACUCUGGGUUCCACUGGAGUUUGAAAUGAGCAGCAGAUGGAAAAUGGACACUUUUUAACCAACAAAAGUGUUUGCUUCUGUGCUAGAGGGAACAGAUUGUGAAUUUUGUUUACAGCAUCCAAUAUUUGGAUUUCUUUUUGUAAAUAAAAUGUUAUUUUUUCUAUUUA